CGGGCUGCGGGCGCGCGCCUUGCUGUGGGUGUGUGCGUGCGGGUUAUUUGCGUCCAUCACAUCAGAGGAUCCACAGGUUAUUGUGUUUUGUCGUGAAGAGACGGGAACUUAAACAAGCAGAGGGUGUUCUAACAGGAUUUCAAAAUGCCGAGCAACAAACACCAUUCAAGCAGCAGCAAACACCACAGCAGCCGACACAAGCACAGUGAAGUCAUGUCCAACCCGGCCUUCUCCUACUACCCUGGAGACCAGAUGCUCCACUACUAUCGCUGGACGUCACCACCGGGGGUGAUGAAGAUCUUGUCCAUCAUCAUCAUCAUCAUGUGCGUGGCGGUGUUCGCCUGCGUGGCCUCCACGUUGGCCUGGGACUACGACAUGAGCAUCAUGGGUCUGGGAGGCGGAGUCGGCGGUGGUUUGUUGCCGGGAGUGGGAUACGGCGGCACCUACGGCGGCUCUUUUGGCGGCUCUUUCGGCGGCGGUUACGGCAGCAGCUCAUAUGGAGGCGGCGCUGGCGGUGGCGCGUACGGCUACGGAGGACAAACGUAUAUGGAUCCCAAAAGUGGCAAAGGCUUCAUCAUCGCCAUCGCCGCCAUUACCUUCAUAGCCGUGCUCAUUAUUUUUGUCAUGGUUGUGUCGCGGCAAAGUUCCGCGCGAUCGCAUAAGUUCUACCUCGCGACCAUUAUCAUCUGCGCCAUCUUGGCAUUCCUGAUGAUCAUCGCCACCAUCGUAUACCUGGUGGCGGUGAAUCCAACGGCUCAGUCCACGGGGUCCACGUACUACAGCCAGGUGGUUCAGCUGUGUGCCCAGUACCAGAACCAGAACCAGGCCCAGGGCAUCUUCCUCAACCAGUACCUCUACCAUUACUGCGUUGUGGAGCCUCAAGAGGCCAUCGCCAUCGUCCUGGGCUUCCUGGUGUUCGUGGGCCUCAUCAUCCUGCUGGUGUUCGCGGUCAAGACUCGCUCUCAGAUCCGACGCUGGGGUCCCGAUCGCAUCCUCUGGGAGGAGGUGAAGGUGGUCAACGGCGGGCUGCACAACAGCAUCGGGGAGUGGGUGAAAAACGUGUCCGGUGAACCCGAGGUUCUGGUCAGUGACUAUAACGACAGAGUUGGAGGAUCCAGGGACUUUCUGGACAAACUGGAGUCCAACAAACCUCUGUAUCUGCCGGGUGACUCGGACAUCAGCAGCUCGGUGCCUCAGCCCAGAGACUACGACACUGGAGUGGAAUCUGGAGACGAACUGGACGAGGACGACUUCAGCAGUAUAUUUCCUUCCAUCGUGGAUGAGCCGGAGCGUCUGAACUACAAGCGGGAGUUUGAGCGGGACCAUCAGGAGUACAAGAGCCUGCAGUCAGAGCUGGACAACAUCAACAGAGACCUGGAAGACCUGGAGCGAGAACUGGACCGGCACUCGGAGGGAAGCCCACAGUUCCUGGAUGCACUGGAUGAGUACAACAGACUGAAGAACCUGAAGAAGUCUCCACACUACCAGAUUAAGAAGAAACGGUGUAAAUACCUCAAGUCUAAACUGUCUCACAUCAAGAGGAAGAUCAGUGAAUACGACGGCCGACCCUGAACCUGGACCUCCAAACAGACCUCCACAGUUUCUGCCCCGCUGGCUUUAAACAUAUCACUAUAAUCUACAGGAAAUGAUGCUAAAAACCUGUUGCCUUUUAUUCCAUCUGUAUCACUCCACAUUACUGAAGGGGUGAAGGAAAUGUGGAUUUUUUUUUUUUUUUUUUUACUCAAGUCUGUGAUCAAUUCUUCAACCUCUGUGAGUUUCAUGAAGAACUGUUUUAACGAACAAUCAGAACGUAUUAUUCACAAACUACAUGAAAUGUAUUUUUUCCAUUUAUUCCUAAACUUAGAAAGUGAAAUGUAGAAGGUGUUUUUAUUUUGUUGUAGUGACUUUUAUGAAGCAGCUAUUGUGCUCUUUUAAAAACUCUUUUAGAGAGUUUUAACCCCUAAAUCAGGCGGUGUCAAACAUGUGGUCUGGGGGCCAAAUGUAGCCCACCAAAGGGUCCGGUCCAGCCCAUGGGAUGCAUUUGUGAAAUGCAAAAGUUACACUUCAGAUAUUAACAGUCAUUUUAGUUCUGGUUC